AUGAAUAUGGAACAAGUCGAGUAUUUAUAUUCAGGAAAUACAUGGUUUAGAGAACGUCUUGAUGGUGCUGAUGGACGUUUAUGGCGAAAAGCCCGAAAGAUGUUUCUAUUUAAUCAUGAUUUAUCAUCGGCACUUAAUUUAUUUAAGUUUGAUUAUAAAGCAAUAAAAACUAUAUCUAGACCUGAAGGUACAAUUCUUCAAGGAUCUCGUAACACAACUCUUGAUUCUAGUCAAGAGAGAGUACAUCGACCAGGUCAAUCAUGGACAGAUGAUGCACAAAAUUCUAUUCGUACAUUACUUGAUCGAAUUGUAACUCGAUGGAAACCGAAUUAUAUGUAUGCAUCAAAAAUUAAUACUGAAAAACUUCAUCCUAGUUUGACUCCAAUACCUUUAAAAUCGGUACAACCAACAUAUGACAAAACAGAUGAUGAUAUUGAUACAUUCAAUGUCAAUAAAGCUUUAGCGACUUAUCAGGCAUGUCUUGUUCCAUUACACUAUCAUGAAUUAUGGAGCGAGAUUGUCCAUGAUUUUAAAAAUGUUGAUACUACCCUUAAAGAACGUGAAACAGUAAUUAGUUUCGAAUUAUUCUAUGAUAAAACAACGCUUGAUGAAGAAAAAGAUAGUGCACUCAUUUUUGGAACCAAUCGUGUAACUUUUACUGAUAAUUAUAAACCUUUAUCAAAAAAACUUGGUCUUUUUGAUCUUGUUCUAAUUACCAUUAAUAAUGUGACAUAUUUUGGUAUGAUUGUACAUGUUGAACAAAUUAAAGUUAAAGUAGCAUGUGAAAAUGAAAGCUCAAACAAUAAUCAUACGACUAAUACUAAUCAUAAUGAGCUUCAAUUCGAUUUACAAACAACAAUUGGUGUUUAUGUUUCACUUGCAUGUUCCAAUGCUAUCCAACAAUAUGGUAAACAAAAUAAAGAUAAAAAAUUACCAAUAUUUAAAUUAAGUAAUAUAUCAUCAUCAAGACGUAUGAUCGGUGCUAUACAUAAUCUACAUGAAUGGCCUCAAUAUCGUAGUUUACUUAAACCGAUGAUUGAUGAUAUUUAUUUUCAAUUACCUACAGAUUAUGAUCUUUCAAACAUAAGUCCUACGAAUGGAUUUAAUAUGGCUCAAUCAAAGACAAUUGCUAUUGCGGAAUGUAUGUUUGAUGAUAUUCAAGAUCACCUACACAUGGUUCACGGUCCACCAGGGACAGGCAAGAGUCGAACAAUCGCAGGUAUUGUAUUGAAACUCCUGUCUAAAUUACCAGAAUCAGGACGUAAACAAAAAAUUCUUCUCUGUGCACCAUCAAAUAAUGCAUGUGAUGAACUAUCUCGACGUGUUCUUGAUGAAUUUACUAAUCAAAAUAUUUCCUACAAACCUGGCACUCUGAUUCGCAUCGGAUGUCAACCACCUGAUGAUUAUCAUUUAUGCAAUCAUUUUUUAGAUUUUAUGAUUCUUCAAGAUAUAGUAAAUGUUUUGAAAGAAGAGCCAAGACCUAAUUCUAAUAUUGCUCAAGAAACAGAAGCACGUAUUAUACGACAUGCCAAGAUAGUUGUUUCAACAUUGAAUUAUUGUGGAACUAGUCAAAGUUUGGAGGCUGACUUUCUUCUACCACUUCGAUUUAAAUGUACCAAACUUAUAUUGGUUGGUGAUCCUUUACAACUUCCUCCAUGUGUACUUAGUGAUGCUGGAAAUACUUAUGGUCUAUCUCAAUCAUUAUAUGCACGUUUGUAUUCUAUUUUUGUAAAAUAUUCAGAUGGUCCAAUAAGUAUGCUUGAUACUCAAUAUCGAAUGCAUCCAAGCAUAUGUCAAUUUCCAAACAUAUACUUUUAUGACAAUCGUUUACAAACAGAUGAUUCAGUAGCCAGAAGAAUGAUGCAUUUUACUCUCGAACCAUUGUAUUUAUACAAUAUGACUAAGUCACCUCAUAGUUUUGAUGAUGCUAGUUCAUCUUUCAACAACGAUGAAGCGAAAUUUAUACAAUGGUUUUGUCAAUUAUUAAUUGCACAUCUUGCUCUACAAUCUGCCUCUGUUUCUAGUGACAGUGAAGAUGAUGACGACGAUGAUGAAUCUAGCGCAACAUCUUCAUCCAAUUCAACUCAUGAUAGUGAUAAUGAUGAUAAUAGUGAUUAUGAAGCAAAGACAGAAAAACAAUGUUUACAACCGUUAUCCAAUAACGAUCCUCGAUCGAUUGAAGUUCAACAACGAAUUGCUGUAAUUACUCCAUAUAAAGCUCAAGUUCGUCGUCUUCGAUCAUAUCUACCUCCGUACAUUGAAAUUAUGACAGUUGAUAGUUCACAAGGCAAGGAAAAAGAUAUUGUUAUACUUUCAUGUGUGCGUAGUGGUGGUACGAUUGGGUUUUUAGAUGAUAUGAACCGUGUUAAUGUCAUGUUAACCCGAUCGAAAAAUGGUUUGUAUGUAGUUGGGAACUUAUCUCAAUUGGCUAGUCAACAUGAUAGUUGGAAUGCUUUUGUUGAUCACGCUCGAAAGAAUAAAAUUAUUUGUGAUAUGGAUUUCAUCCGACCCGAUCUACCUUAUCGUCGCUAA